AUGCCUUCCAUUCGAGAGGACUCAAAGGCAGCAAGUCUUCUCUUGUGCUCUUACAUCUGCUCAACCCUUUUCGAUAAGACGCAUCUUCUAUGCAUUUGCAAGCCAACAGAUCUGCUCGGUGUUCUGGUACAGUUGUCUAUUGAAGCUGGGCAGACAGAAGACUCGCCAGGUAUGGCUUUUUGUGCAAUUUGCAUUAGUCCAAAGCGAGCCGCUUGA